CCAGACCAACCAUCGUCUGAUUGCCACUGAAUUCUCCGGUCAUCCAAACUUACGGUUAGGAUCGGGAUCAGAAAAAGAAGGUACACCGUACUCCCUUUUCCAUCUGAUCCUUGCCCGGGAACCCGCGCCAAUUUCGAAAGUUUAUUUUAUUUUCUCCACUAUAAAAAUCGGAAAUUUUUAUAUAUCAAAAAAAUAAACACAGUGGACAGAGAAAGACAGAGAGAGAUUGGAGAAGAAGGAUUUCAUUGAUGAAGAGGAAAGCCCUAAAGAAAAGCUAUAGGAAGGGGGCGAAGAGCAAAAUGAAAGGGACAUUAGGGAUGCAUUUGCAGGUCCAGCUAGGGCAAGUCUCUGCUAAUGGCUCCUCGUCAGCUUCUCUCCCCCAUCCUUUCUUGCAGAACCUUCUGGAGUCGGGCUCCUCGGACCCGCCCCCGCAGCCCUUCGCGACGGCUCUCGACUUUGAUGCUGAUGCCGAUGGUGAUGAGAAAGAUUUCAUUCUCAGUCAAGACUUCUUCUGCACUCCUGAUUAUAUCACCCCGGAUAAUCAAAAUUUGCAGAAUGUCCUCGAUUGCAACAAGGAAAAUAUCCCUUGUCCUAAAUCACCAGAGAAACUAAAUACUUUGAAAGGCAAGAGAUGUCCACAAGAUGGUAUUUCAAUAAAGCCUCUAAGUCCCAUCUUGUCUUGCCAUCAACAAAUAAUGGAACUAGAAGAAGAUUCUAUUGAUACAGCUGAAGUUAAGGUAGAAAAAGUAGCAGAGAACAAAAAAAAGAGGAGUCAAAAUUAUGUUUCACAGUCUGCAGUCGCAUUACGCUGUCGGGUUAUGCCCCCUCCUUGCAUCAAGAACCCCUAUCUAAAGGAUGGUUCAGAAAUGGAUGUAGACCCUUUUGGAAAUCAAAGGUCAAAAUGUUCAGGUUUCUUCUCUGCAAUUAUGGGUGGAGAAGGUCUUUCACGCUAUCACACAGAUUUUCAUGAAAUUGAGCAAAUUGGUGUUGGCAAUUUUAGUCGAGUCUUUAAAGUUUUGAAAAGAAUUGAUGGUUGCUUGUAUGCUGUUAAACAUACAACGAGGCAGUUGCAUCAGGACACUGACAGGAGGAAAGCUUUUAUGGAAGUUCAAGCUUUGGCGGCACUAGGGUCUCAUGAAAACAUCGUUACUUACUACUCUUCAUGGUUCGAGAAUGAGCAACUUUACAUUCAGCUAGAGCUCUGUGAUCAUAGCUUGGCCAAUAAAUCUACUCAAAUUUUCACCGAGGGAGAAGUGCUGGUAGUUGUGCAUCAGAUUGCUAAGGCAUUGCGGUUUAUGCAUGAGAAAGGAAAUGAGAUCUUUGAUCAUCUUGACAAGGUUGAUAUCUUUUCUUUGGGAGCAGCUGUUUAUGAGCUUAUUAGAGGUUCACCUUUGCCAGAAUCUGGACAUCCUUUUUUGAAUCUUAGGGAAGGAAAACUCCCACUUCUUCCUGGCCACACAUUGCAAUUCCAGAACUUGCUGAAGGCCAUGGUGGAUCCAGAUCCAGCACGACGACCUUCUGCCAAAGAAUUGGUGGCAAAUCCUAUCUUCGACAGGAUUCGACAAAAAUCCUAGACAAAAAUAUGAAUCAGCUUUGAAUGUUUUGAUUGGUAUUGGAAUUUUGUAGAUAACGACCGCUUAGGAACAGUUGCCUAGAGAAGAGAGCAGCUGGACAAUGGUAACUGAGCAAAUGAAGGUUUGCCCUUUCUUUUACUUAUUUAUGCACCAAUUCUUUUCCUCCAAAACAGAAUGGUGCAAGUUUUGUAAAUUUUGGAGAGAGAGGGGGAACCUCAAAUGAAAUGCUUCAAGAUGUAUUGCGGACUGGACGUAUCACACAUGCAACGCUGAGUUGUAUUACCAUGCAUUUUAUCAAGGUCUGAGAUAUAAUAUUUUGAUCUAUUUUACGA